UGGUCGCAAAAGAGGGAGAGGAGGUGCAUGAUGGAUCCCGUCCCACUGCUGCUCAUCAUAGUCACAUCUUUGCCAUUUUACUCGGCAGUCUACACCGGGCCCCUCCAACCGGAGAUCUCCAAUGGCACUUUCCAUCACUUCUUUGUCCCGGACGGGGAUUACGAUGAGACUGAAGACCCGGAGCAGUGCCAGAUGUUGUUUAAAUUCUCGGAUGUGUAUCCAUGCGGGGCCUCCGAGGAACGCGACUCCGUGGUGCGGGACGACUUCAUCAUAACCAAGCUGCAGGCGGAGGACGCGGCGCGGCUGCUGGAGAGCAUCGGCCGGACUGUGGCGCACGACCUGGACGGAGAGGACAGCUACGGGAAGUUCCUACAGCGGGAGAUCUCCCAGAUCAGCGAGGCUUUUUCAAACGUGGACAAGUCUCUGCUGGAGCUCGAAGUGAAGUUUAAACAAAGUCAAGAAACUGAGCUGAGAGAGGAGCAACAGCUGAACGGCUAUGUAGUGAAGCAAGUGAGUGACAUCAGGGACGCUGUGAGGGAAACUACCGACAUUUCUCUGGGACUUAAAGAUAAACAUGAGCUGCUGUCUCUCAUUAUUCGCAGUCAUGGCACUAGACUGAGCCGCCUGAAGACUGAGUAUCUCAAUUUUGGCUCAUAGUGAGGUUAUGGCAGCUUAGUGUGUGUGUGUGUGUGUGUGUGUGUGUGUGUGUGUGUGUGUGUGAGGGAGAGAGAGAGAGAGAGAGAGAGAGAGAGAGAGAGAGAGAGAGAGAGAGAGAGAGAGAGAAAGAAAGAGGACCCUCCAGUUCAACAAACAACUGGAAAGUUCACUGUGGCUUAAAAAUAUCCUUCCUAAGUGUUUGAUUAUCUCUUACCUCUUGAUUAUUCCCAUUCCUUGGAACUUGUGUCAUUAAAGGGAGCUGUAACAAAAAAAAAAACAAAAAAAUAAAAAAACAAAACACCAACACAUUCCUUUGAGUCAGGAG